GGGUUUUCUCGAGCUUAGGGUUCUUGGGCGCCCGGUAGCUAGGGUUUGGGGGGCGCCAUGUACAACGGGAUCGGUCUCCAGACGCCGCGAGGCUCAGGUACGAAUGGCUACAUCCAGGCGAACAAAUUCCAUGUCCGGGCGCGGGCGGGGAAGAUCGAGGCCAAGGAGUAUCUGCCGGGCGAGGGCACGGGAGGAGUGAGCAAGAAGGCCAACAAGGAGAUUUUGGAGCACGACCGAAUGCGCAAGAUCGAGGUCCGGCUCGUGGAGCUGGAGGAGGAAAUGCUGGAGAAUGGCUUCACCAAUGACGAGAUUCUGGCCAAGCUCGCCGAGACUCGCAAGGAGCUGGAACUGGAGAGCAGCCGAGAGGCGUCUUUGAACGACAAGGUGUCCGAGACCCAGACGCAUCAGAUCGCCGCUCGCAAGGAGCAGAAAAUGGACGUUUUGAGGAGCGCGCUAAAGUCCGAGGGAAUGCAGCCGGGGGAGGCGUUCGAUCGAGCUCUUCAGGAGGAAAAGCGGCAGGAAUCAAAGAGAAAGAGGGACGAGGAUCGAAAGUUGCGUGACAAGGAGGUCGAAGAACACAAGCGGCGAGCAGAGAAGAAAAGAAAGGAGGACGAGCGUGCCGCCAAAGACGAGCAGAAAAGGAACGAAGAGGAGCGAGAGAGGCACAGGGCCAGAGAUCGAGACGAGCGCAAGGAGCGAGAUCGCGAGAGAGACGAGCCGCGGAGGGAUCGAGGGGAGCGCAGGGACAGGGACAGGAAAGAGAGAGACAGGGACGAAGUCAAGGAGAAAGAGAAAGAAGAAGAUGGUGACGAACGCAAGGACCGAGAUCCCGCUGCUAGAGACGAGCGUGAAGACGACCGAAAGCUGCGAGAGAGGGAUCUCAAAGAUGACCGCAAGGAAAGAAGCAGGGAAGAACGCAAAGAGAGGGACCGAGACGACCGAAAAGAGCGUGAGAAAGAGAGUUUCAGGGACGAGCGCAAGGAACGUGAGAAAGAGAGAGGCCGGGACGAGGAGCGCAAAGAGAGAGCCCGAGACGAAGAGCGCAAAGAGAGAGUCCGGGACGAAGAACGCAAAGAGAGAGCCCGAGACGAAGAGCGCAAAGAGAGAGUCCGGGAGGAAGAACGCAAAGAAAGAGGCCGAGAUGACGAACACAAGGACAGAGGCCGAGACGAGGAUCGCAAAGAAAGAAGCCGAGACGACGAGCGCAAAGAAAGAAGCCGAGACGAUGAUCGCAAAGAAAGAGAGCGAGAGCGAGAGCGCGACCGAGAAGAUCGAGAGAAAGAGGAAAUGGAAGACGAUGCUGCUGUUCGCGGGAGAUGGUCUCCACCUGGAAGUGAUAGCAGUGACUAUGAAGAUCGACGCAGCAGGCACCAUAGGAGGAGCCGGAGGUAAACCACAAAAAAAAAAAAAGUUUUUGAGCUUUUGUGUGUAGCUAGCUACGUACUGGUUUGUUCUCAAGGUAGUGAAAAACGAGCUUUUUGUUCAAAGCUACCGAGCUUGAUCUUCGAGAAGAUCUCUAUCUUGUGAAGGAUUUAAGUUUGAGGUAGCGAAAAUGCGAGCUUUGCCACCAAGAAGCGAUUCUUCUGGA